CUUGCAGUUUAUAUUCCAGAUUCUGUAGUCGUGUACCCUAUGGACGGUCCGAGGCGGGGUAAAGACAUCAGCCGAACUAAAAACCCCUCGGCCACUCUAAUGGGCGUAGGCACGGCUCAAGGUCCGGACGGCCGCCGUGAUGGAUCCUUACGUUUCUAUGGCCGACGGAACAGCUACGUCGAAAUUCCUAACACAGGAAAGCUGGACACAAGAUACUCAAUAACUAUUCUCAUCUGGGUGUACCACGCAGGGAUAUCAGGGCCCAUAUUCAAUUACAAUCCACGAGGCUUUGGCGUGCACGUCUGGAUGACAGGGCGGCGCCAACUUUUCGCGCGCUUUGUGCGACGCUCAGGGAAAUUCACGUCACCGAUCACAAGUGGAAGAAUGAAAUACAAGGCGUGGAAUUACGUCGGUGCAAAGUACGAUGGUAGAACAGGCGUGGCGACGCUUUACAUCAACUCAGUACCCGUCGGAAUUAGACGUUUAGGGCGAAUAAAGUUGUCGACAAAUUAUCCCGUGAGACUCGGAGCACGGGAAGGUGACAGGCGCUAUUUCCGAGGACGACUCUUUUGCGCGCAGGUAUACAGUGCUGCACUCAGCCAGAAACAGAUCUUCGCGGCUAAACGGAGAUGCUUUCUACCAGGUUUGUGCUGACCACGUCCUGUUUAAAUGCUUCUAAAUAAUAAAUAACAAAGGUUAUGGUUUGUACAUUGAGCUUUCGUUGAUGACAAUCUGAAUAAGAAAGCUUUAUAUGUAUCCUGGUACACAGGUUUCAAUUUAUGGCACAGCUCAUGUACAUAGGACCUAAAGAUAACUAACUAUGAUCACUAAGGUAUUAACAGAUAGCUCUUCUCUUGCAGUUCCGUCUCCUACUCCUCCUCCUGGUCCUCGUCCAAAACCAGCGCCACGUGGUAGGCCUGUCAUGAUAGAAUAUAUUCAUUAUGCUUAUUUUAACAAUUUUCAAAGUUUAAGAAAACUGAAGAUGAUUUGCAAAUGCUUUUCCCUAAAAUUCUAUUACUUCUCUGUUAGUUUGCAGGCAGCGUAUUGAUCUCGGCUUCCUGGUGGAUGCAUCUCGCGUCAGGUACAGCUCCCGUGUCAUCCUGAGAUUCCUAAAGGACACAGUCAGGUUAUUUGAAGUUUCCAGGCUGAAAGCUAGAAUUGGCAUUGUACAGUACACCUCUAGAGUUAGGCUCCUCUUGGGAUUUAGAAGAAAUUACAAUCCAAGUCAAAUAAGCAGACUGAUUGAUCAGAUCCGACUCAUCGGUCGCACUGGCAGAUACCUUGGAAGAGCCUUGACUUACACAGCUCGCUACCUAUUUAGAGGUAAACCACGCUGCGGGCGAAGAAGGGUUCUUGUUGUUCUGGCAACUGGAGAGUCCCGCGAUGAUGUCACAAGGCCUGCAAGAGGAUUAUUUUCCUCGGGUGUAGAAUUAUACGCUGUUGGUAUUGGAAGAGUGAGGAGACAAUCAUUGCUUCGUGUUGCCACAAUCUCAAGUCAUAUUUUUAGAGUUGGUGCGAGGCAGUUGGUGUCAUUAAGUAGGAUUAUCAAAGAUAAAAUAUGCAGUUCGACAGGUCAGUAGGAUUCUGGUAGUCAAACAAUUUCCGCAUUUUUAGAACUUAGCAAAGCAGGUAGCUAAAUAUUUUACUUUGUCUCAGCAGUGAGAAUGGGUUUUUCGUUAUGUCAUGCAUUGCACAUUCUUUGCUCCGCUGCGUUUCAUCGAGUGUCUGCGAAUAGAAAGUUCAAGAGAUAUGUGUGGCAGAAAUAUGGCCGUCGAAAAUAAUUCAUAAAUACUAUAAUGCUGAGAAACACACGGUAAAAACCCGUUCCACAGUUCUCUCUCAUGGACACUAUUCCUAAUAAAAGUCAGUGCUACUUCUUUUAUAGCCGCGCACAUCAUCGCGCAGAUUUUGAAUAUUUGCAAUCUGUGACGAAGACAAAUUUAUUUUUCGGGGACAGAAAUUUUGUCUAAAAAGUUCCUAAGUUAUUCGAAAUUGUUUGUCUUUACGACUUGUUCCUAACACGUUGUCGCCCCGUGAGUUUCGCCUUUACAACGCUUUUUUUUUAAUUUUUAGUUAUUGUUUCCGGUGGUGCAGUCGGUUUCUAUCCAUUUACAAGCACCUCAAGCGGACGUGACGUCAGUAGGUUCAGGAAUCCAACAGCACAGCUUGUUGGCGUUUCAUUCAUUCAAGGCCCAGAUGGACAUCCGAAGGGAGCUUUAUUUUUCCCAGGGAUGCGAAGACAAAGAGGACGAUUAAGAGGCAGCUAUGCUCUGAUCCCAAACAACGGAUGUCUGGACACUCGUUACUCUAUUACGAUAAUUGCCUGGAUUUACCCGGAGAAGCCCGGUCCCAUUGUGCACUACAAUCCGAAGGGAUGGGGCCUUCACUUGUGGCUCACUCAUCCAAACGAGCUCUACUUACGCUUAAUGCCUAGAAAGGGCUCGCGGCAUAAUGUUAAACCACUGACCACCCAGAGCUUGAAGCCUUACAGUUGGAACUAUAUCAGUGCUACUUAUGACCACCGCACAGGACUUUUAACGCUUUGGCUGAAUGGGCUUCCUGUGUCU